GGGGGUAGGGAGCGCCUUCCUCCCUUCCUCCCUUCCAUCCUUCUUCCCUUCCAUCCUCCUCCUCCUCCUGCUGUCCCAGGGAGGGAGGGAGGGGUGCGGCCCCCGCAGCCGCGGGUCCCCCCAAGGAGCUCCCCAGGAAAUCUCCGCCCUCGCCGCCAAGUUAAAGGCAAGAGCCCGGGAUGGUUGAGAACUCUCCGGCCCCGCUGCCAGAAAGGGCAAUUUAUGGAUUUGCGCUUUUUUUGGGUUCGUGGUUUGGCUUCAUUCUGUACCUUAUCUGGGCUUAUGUUCCUGAGACUUGGCUCUUCUCCCUGGGACUGACAUACUGGCCUCAAAAGUACUGGGCAGUUGCUCUGCCAGUUUAUCUCCUGGUGUCGGUGGGAAUCGGUUAUAUUUUGCUUUUUGGGAUUAACAUGAUGAGCACAGCUCCACUCAACUCCACUCACACCAUCACAGAUAACUUUGCCAAAAAGCAGCAGCAGAAGAAAUUCCAGGAGGAGGCAAUUCCAGCCCUGAGAGAUAUUCCCAUCAGUGAAGUCAACAGGAUGUUCUUCCUCCCUGAAAAAGGCAUCUGCAACAGCACAUAGUUGUUAUUAAAAUCUAUUUGGACAAAAAGAUUAAUAAAACUUACAGAGUUUUAUUUUUAAUUCAUUUAAA